GAAGCAGACGAAGGCGGAAGUCAAGUGGACUUCGCGACCAAGACAAGUUUCGGAACUUUUCUCUUUCCUCAGUUUUUGGGAGUAAAAAAGUAACACUUUUAAACUCAAAGGAAAAGAAGAGGGAUAAAAAAAUCACUUUGUCAUGACGAAGCCCAGCCGGUGAAGUGUGAACGUCACAAGCGUGAGUCACUUUAGUCUGUUUUUUUCAGGUCAUGGAUGCAGAAAACAGACAGCAAUGUAACCAUGGCGACACGACGGCACAGGCUUGGCAGCAGGAAGUGCAUCUCCCAUCAUGCCUUGUUCUGGACGACAGCGAAUCAGAGGAUGUCCUCCAGGCUGUGAACCCCAACCAUGUGUUUGGUGGCGGCCCAUCCUCAGACAGCGACAGCGGCGUUUGUGAGGAUCCCGCGGGCCAGAGUCCCGUUGCCACGGUGACGCUGACCCAGCCCUGUGUCUACCGGGUGGUGUAUGACCUGAACGAGCCGGAGCAGGCGAGCGCGGACGUCGUCUCCAUCGAGCUGGACUUAUGGAGCUCGCAGGCUCUGAGGCCCGACGCGUGCGUUGUUGGUGAGAUGCCACCGGUCUCCGGUGCCAAUGGCCAGCCCACCGUGGACUUGUCCGGCUGGGACUUGCAGCUGACAGAGGAGGAGCAGAAGUUGCUGAGUCAGGAGGGCGUGUCCUUGCCCAGCCAGCUUCCUCUCACCAAGGCCGAGGAGCGAAUCCUGAAGAAAGUUCGCAGGAAAAUCCGCAACAAGCAGUCUGCGCAGGACAGCCGUCGCCGCAGGAAGGACUACAUCGACAGCCUGGAGAACAGGGCAGCAGUGUGCACAGCUCAGAACAAGGAGCUGCAGAAGAAGGCGGAGCAGUUGGAGAAACACAACAUGUCUCUGCUGAGUCAGCUGCGCCAUCUCAAGUCUCUGAUCAAACAGACCGCUAGCAAGGCAGCGCAGACCACCACCUGCUUACUAAUCAUCUUUGUGUCGCUAAGUCUGAUCCUCCUGCCAAGUUUGAGUCCAAUCAGCCGCCGCUCGUUUGCAGACGACGACUACCGGCCCUCCGGAGUGCUUUCCAGAAACAUCCUGACUGACGUUGCUUCCUCACCGCCCAAGUCCGACGAGCCGGUCGCUCUGGAUUCCUCGGUUCCGCCUGACCCGUCGGGCCAAUCAGGAGCGGAGGUCAACGACCCCGAACAGAACCUUGACCGUGUGGUCCCGCUGAGCGUUCAAUCGGGAAACGCUUCCAUCGAGACGCCAAGUCACCGCGUCGCCAAAUCGCCGCACGCAGAUGAGAUGUAGUGACUCCGCCCUCGCCAACAGGAACUCCUGAUGGUACAUGAGACUCCAUCCCCUCGCUAUUGGCCGACCUGGCGUCCAACCUACAAGCUCGCAGUGAUAGUUUUCUUUUGCGCUUACCCCUACUUCCUGUUUCUCCAACAUGUCCGUCAACUUUUUAGCCCCGCCUGCUGACCGCUCACUUAUAGUUCCUCCUUCCUGUUUUCAUGUCACAUUCAAUCACCAAAGUUCCUUUCGAACACAAGUGUCAACACGUACACGUGUGAGUCAUACAACAUCGCCACAACAACGCUAUAACAGCCAAUUUCCCGACAAACGACAUGACAAACAUGAUGAACCAAACAAACACAUCACAACAACGUAACACAUAGAGGGAAAUUACUACCGAAACCCCACAUACACACAUACAUGUUUUUACUCAUUUUUCAUUUUUAUUUAAUUCAAAUAAAACAAAUGUUUUUGCAAGUAAAAAUGUUUUUGAUCGAAAAAACAAUUUGCAAAAAAUAUUUUUAAUUAAAAAAAAAACAAUUCGGUUGUAUAAAAAUUUUUUUCUGCAAGUUAAAAAAUGAUUCGCAAGUAACAAAAAAUAUUUUCUACAGGUAAAGAAAAACUAUUUUCUACAGGUAAAAAACAUUUUUGCAAGUAAAAAAACAAUAAGAAUGUAAAAAAAAAAUGUCUACAAUAAAUUUUUUUCCCCCGCAAAUUAAAAAACAAAAAUGUUUCUGCAAGCAAAAAAAUUUUCUGAAGUAAAAACUACCGUAAUUUCCGGACUAUAAGCCGCUACUUUUUCCCCUCGUUCUGGUCCCUGCGGCUUAUACAAGGGUGCGGCUUAUUUACGGCCUGUUCUUCUCCGACACAGACGAAGAGGAUUUCGGUGGUUUUAGUACGCAGGAGGAAGACGAUGACACAAUGAUUAAAGACUGACUUUUCAUAUACCGGUAGGCUGGUUAUUUUGAUAACGUACAGGCGAGCACUUUGUAUUACUUUGCACCGUUGUAUUAUUUGUACUCUGCCCGAAUGCCGUUCGCCAUGUCAAAGAUGUGAAAGUUUGAUUGAAUGAUUGAAAGAUUUAUUGUUAAUAAAUAGGACGCUUUGCGUUCCCAAACAGUCAUCUCUGUCCCGACAAUCCCCUCCGUGGUAGCAGGAACCCCUAUAUACUACGGUAAUUACACAUCAAAACCCUGCGGCUUAUAGUCGGGUGCGGCUUAUAUAUGGAGCAAUCUGUAUUUUCCCCUAAAUUUAGCUGGUGCGGCUUAUAGUCCGGAAAUUACGGUACUCUUGUUUUUGCAAGUAAAAAAAAUAUUUGCAAAUAAAAAUAACUUUUUUUGCAAAUAAAAACAACUUUUUGCAAGCAAAAAAACGAUUUCAGGUAAAUAACUAUUUUUUGCAAGCAAAAAUAUUAUUUGCAAGUAAAAAAAUAUGUAAUUAUUUUUAAAAAAUGAUUCGCAAGUAUAUAAAAAUGUUCUUACAAAUUAAAAUUUUUGGCAGUAAUAUUCCACCACUUACGAUCCACACAUUUUCACUCAGCGCACCCGUAAUUUGCAUUCUACAACCACAGGUGGUGCUGCUGAGUCAAUAUAAGGCCCUCAGAGCAACUGGCUUUUGCGCA